AUGGGGGGUCCCUUCGGGGCCAUCCAGGUGGGCAGCUACCUGUCCAUCCGCAGGUCUGACGGGAGGGUCCACCGGGCGCUGGUGACGGCGCUGCAGGAGGAGAGCCGGAGUGUGACGGUGGAAUGGAUCGAGCGCGGGGCCAACAAGGGCAAGAAGGUGGACCUGGCCCAGGCCUUUGCCCUCAACCCCCACCUGGCCCCGACGGCGAUGUCCACCACGACUUCGGAGCAAGGUGAUCGCUCCAGCCCACUCCCGGCGGUGGCCAGCUCCCCCCUCCUCCUCGGAAAGUCACCCGGCGGGGACGGGGCCGAACGGGACCCCCUCCGCCGUCCCCCCUCGACAGGUACGGCUCGGAAGUCUCCCUGUGUCUUGGAGGUGGAGAGGCUGCGGGAGCUGAGGGAGCAGCGGCACCGGGAGAACCUAGAGAAGCGGGCCCGUCGAGGGGCCACGGACGCCCACCCACACGCCGACCUCAUCGCCAUGAUUGAGGAGUACCGUGCUGUCCUUCAACGGGGCGAGGGGGUCCCCCCCUUGGAGCCCAGCCGUUCCAUAGCCUCGACUCCCGGCGCCCGUCGGAUCUGCGUCUGCGUCCGCAAGCGUCCCCUCAACCAGCGCGAGGUGGGCCUCCGCGACGUGGACGUGGUGACCAUCCCUUGCCCUGAGGUGGUGCUGGUCCAUGAGGCCAAGCAGAAGCUGGACCUGACCCGCUACCUGGAGCACCAGGCCUUCCGCUUCGACCACGCCUUCGAUGCCGCCGAGAGCAACGAGGGUGUCUACAGGCACGCGGCCCAGCCCCUGGUGGAGACCAUCUUCCGGGGGGGCAUGGCCACCUGCUUCGCCUAUGGACAGACCGGCAGCGGGAAGACCCACACCAUGGGAGGUGACUUCUGUGGCAAGAAGCAACAGCAGGAUGCCUCCAGCGGCAUCUACGCCAUGGCUGCCCGUGAUGUCUUUGCCCUCCUGCAGGAGCCUGCCUACCAAGGCUUGGGCCUUCAGGUCUUUGGCGCCUUCUUUGAGAUCUACUGGGGAAAAGUCUAUGACCUGCUCAACUGGAAGAGCCGGCUGAGGGUGCUGGAGGACAGCAACCAGCAGGUCCAGGUGGUAGGCCUCCUGGAGCAGGAGGUCCUCUGCGUGGAGGAUGUCCUCAAGCUGAUCGAGGUGGGCAACCGGUGCCGGACGUCAGGCCAGACCUCGGCCAACUCCCACUCCUCCCGGAGCCAUGCUGUCUUCCAGAUCAUCCUCAAGAGGAGAGGGAGGCUUCAUGGCAAGUUCUCCUUGAUCGACUUGGCCGGCAAUGAGCGAGGGGCGGACACCUCCACCGCCGACCGACAGACCAGACUGGAAGGGGCCGAGAUCAACAAGAGCCUCCUGGCACUCAAGGAGUGCAUACGCGCCUUAGGCCGCAACAAGGGCCACACGCCCUUCCGGGCCAGCAAGCUCACCCAAGUGCUGAGGGACUCCUUCAUAGGGGAAAACUCUUGCACCUGCAUGAUUGCCACCAUCUCUCCAGGCAUGAGGUCCUGCGAGCACACGCUCAACACCCUGAGGUAUGCCAACCGGGUGAAGGAGCUCUCCGUGGACCCAACCGCCUUCCGGCAGUGUCAUCCCAUCUUACCUCGGCCCAUCUUCCCAUUAGAAGACUUGUCGAGACCAUGGGCCAUCCAGAGUUUGCCAGAGACAGAUGAGUUCAAAGUCUUCUGUGUACAGAAGGAAGACCAAGUCUCCCCGCCAGCCCUAACACUUGUCCCCAGAGGAAAGACUCAGAAUAAGAGGAAAGAAAUAGACGAGAGGGCUCUGGUGGAAGAGCACCAGGAGUCUCUCAGGUGGUUGAAAGCCUUUCUCAAAAUGGCUGAAGAUGUCGACUACGACAUGGACUUUUAUGCCUCCCAGUUUGAAGCGGUCCUCACCCAAAAGAUUGCUAUCCUGUCAGAGAUCCAAGACAAAGUCAAAUGUUUCCGUACAAACCUCUCCAAGGAAGAGUCGGGGGCCAAUCACUUAUUAGUAAAGAGGUCCCGUAUCCUGUGACUCGCAAGGAUGGGGAUCUCCUUCCAUUUUUAAUAUCAGUCUAUGUCAGUUUUAGGACGCUGUGCAUCUGUCCACCUGACAAUGUCACAGCUUUAAAAAAGUCUAAAAUCCUAUAUCCGUGUGGGUGUCUCACUUGACUGUUUCCAUGGGAGGUAUUUUUUUCCCCCUGCCUCUGUUUCUAUGCUGUCUGAAACAAGUCUGGGGAAAGUCUCCUGAGAUCAUCUCCAGAUGUUUCUUUUAGCAUCUUGAGAUAAC